UCCGCUUUCCGCCAUCUUUUUUUCAGUCACGUUGCCGGCAAAAUGGCAUUUUUUCACCCACCUCAGAUUCAAGAUAAUCCUACAGGAUGGGGACCAUGUGCAAUUCCAGAUCAAUUCAAGGACAUGCCGUAUCAGCCUUUCGCUAAGGGAGAUCGUUUAGGAAAGGUCUCUGACUGGACCGGAGCAACGUAUCAGGACAAGAGAUAUCUCGGUAAAUACUCGUCUGCGUUCGGAGGGGGAGGGAGCCAGUAUGCCUACUAUCACGACGAAGAUGAGAACAGCUUCCAACUUGUGGAUACUCAGCGUGUACAGAAACCAGUGUACCAGCGGGGCAGGAGAGUCUUUCAACAGAACAAGCAGAGGAGAGAGCGUGAGCGUCGUGCCCAGCAGCAGGCUCAGGCCAACCUCCAAGUGCUCUCUAAAACACAAAAGAGCAGGGAGAGAGAUAGGCAGAGGCUGUUGAGGAAGUGGCAGAAGCAGUUUGGAAAACAGAUGCAGGAAAAUCGUAACAAGGCUCCUUUGAAGCAUCGUGAUGCGUCUGUACAGGUGAAAGAAGACUGGGAGGUAAUAGAGGAUAUGGACUUUCCUCGUCUCACUAAACUUAGUCUUCCUGGUAUAGAGGUUGGCGAGGAUCUGUUGAAAUGUGGAAGUAUGGAAUAUUAUGACAAGACAUACGACCGUGUUACCACUAAGAAUGAGAAGAGGCUUAAGCGAAUUGACCGAAUCUUCCACAAAGUGACUACUACUGAUGACCCCAACAUUAGACAGCUUGCCAAGACAACAGGCAAUGUAUUUGCUACAGAUGCAAUCUUAGCAACACUAAUGUGUUGUACUAGGUCCACCUACUCCUGGGACAUCAUAGUCCAACGUGUUGGUAACAAGCUGUUCUUUGACAAGCGCGAUGACUCCGAGUUUGAUCUGCUGUCAGUGAGCGAGACAGCAACAGAGCCUCCACAAGAUGAGGGGAACAGUAUCAACUCUCCCCGCAACCUUGCCCUUGAAGCUACCUUCAUCAACCACAACUUCUCCCAACAAGUCCUCCGUAUGGGAGAGGAAAAGUAUUCCUUCAAAGACAACAAUCCAUUUGUCCACGGAGAAGACGACGCUAAUGUAGCCUCAGUUGGAUACAGGUAUCGUAAGUUCAGCCUGGGAAAUGACAUAGAGUUGGUGGCACGUUGUGAGCAUGAUGCUGUUAUGAUGGGUCCUAGUGGAGAUCUGCAGUACAUCAAUAUCAAAAGUUUGAAUGAGUGGGAUUCAAGGUACAGUGGGGGUGUUGACUGGAGAAGUCGUCUAGACACUCAACGAGGAGCUGUCCUUGCUACAGAACUGAAAAACAACAGCUGCAAACUCGCCAAAUGGACUGUGUGCGCUCUCCUGGCCGGUUCUGACCAGCUCAAGUUUGGGUAUGUGUCACGUCUACACCAUCGAGACACUGCCAAACAUGUGAUCCUAGGGACCCAACAGUUCAAGCCCACAGAGUUUGCCAACCAGAUAAACUUGAAUAUGGAGAACGCGUGGGGUAUACUUAGGUGUAUCAUAGACACCUGUCGCAAGCUUAAAGAUGGAAAAUAUCUUAUCAUGAAGGAUCCUAACAAGCCUGUCAUAAGGAUUUACAAUAUCCCAGAUAGUACCUUUGAGUCUGAUGAAGAUGAUGAUGACGACGAUGAUGAGGAUGAUGAUGAUGAUGAGGAUGAUGACGAUGAUGAGGAUGAUGAUGACGACGAUGAGGAGGAAGAUGUGAAAAAAGAUGAUAAAAGUGUUAAGAAACCAAGCAAGGAAAGCUAAGGAGGAAUCCAAAAUUUAGUGACAGUAUAGCCAUUUGGAAUCAGUGAAUUGAUUGUGAUACUAGACUUGAAAAAGUGCUAACUACUGCCGACUUUACUGAGGAUAAUUACAUAGACAAAUUAUCAUGGAAAUUGUGACACAUCCUGGUGUAUCUUGUGAAACUGUUUUUUUUAAUAUACCAUGGUUUUCUUUUUCUUCAAAAUUGGGCCUUCUAUCAGAUUGGAUUAAAUAUUCACUGCGUAACAGAU